AAAUACAAAAUACAGCAGUAUUGCAGAAAAAACAAACACAGGGUAUCGGCAUGUACCGGACACCUCUGUGAUGUCAUUUCCUCUUUCUUCGAGCUUGACUCCACCUUGGCCUGACUCACGUUUUCAGUCUCGAGUGGCUGCUCCCUGGAACGUCCCUCCUGUUUUGUGCAGUGUUUUGCCGCAGCUCCAUGGGUCGUAGUAUUGACAGCACAGGUGGAGGAAAACCAUGUGUUGACUGCUCCGCAGACACACCAGCAGAUAGUGGGCUCAUCUGGUGCAAGUAACCUUCCCUGCCUCCUCCCUUGGGGAAGACCUUUGACCCUCAGCAAUCUCCACACAGGAAUGAUAAGCAUCCAUCUGUUAAUGCUCCUGGCAUGCUACUUUAUUUAUGAAGUCAGAGAUCCUGGAAGGGAGGGAGAGAGAGAAAAACACAAGGAGAGAGAGAGAGACCAAGCAAGAGGAGCCCGUCUUAAGUUACGGCAGCGCUGCACUGGAAGCUGUGUGAGGCUUUUUUAUUUAUAUUCCCCUCCCUCCCUCCCCCCCUCUCUUUUGAGAGCACAGGGGAAGGGAGAAGUAGCAUGGGACAGGCUAUCGACGUGGACUCGGCAGCCGAGGAUCCAGGCUUGAACUCCGAUGAUGAAGUCGACAACCAGCUCAACACACCGGGGAGUGACGGGGGAAAUUCUGGGGACAGCACCCCUCCCUCCAGACGCAAGGGCAAGUUCUCCAACUUUGGCAAAAUUUUCAAGCCCUGGAAGUGGAGGAAGAAGAAAAGCAGUGAGAAGUUUAAGGAAACUUCGGAAGUUCUGGAAAGAAAGAUCUCGAUGAGGAAGCCCAGGCAGGAGCUGAUAGACAAGGGUGUGCUAAAGGAGAUUCCAGAUAAUGAAGGGGAGGACGUGAACAGCUCCAAACAGCCCACAAUGAAAAACGGCCACACAGUGCCCGUGGGAGGGGGCAAGAGCUCAGAGCAGGGCCGCCCCCCCUCGGAGUUGGAGUUUAAAGCCAACCCCUCGUGGCUGCUGCAGGGGGAGAACGGCAGGAAGGUCCGGAUAUCUUCCGAUGGAGAGAAGAAGUCGACCCUCCCCAGGGCCCCCGUCCAGGAGGAGAACCGGCGCAGCCGGCCCCACGUGGAGGUGGAGAAGAAGCCGGCCGUCCACAGGCCCACGGAGGAAGGGAAGCGGGUUCGGCCCCACUCGGAGGCAGACAAGAAGCUGAGCCUGCAGAAGGUGCCCUCAGAGGAAGGCAGGAGGAUGCGGCCCUACUCGGAGCCCGACAAGAAGGGCACUCUGCCCAAGCAGCCCUCUGACGAGGAUGGCAGGCUUCGACGAGAGUCGAAUGGGAGCCGGCCGGCAUCUGAGAGCGAGCCGCCCAGAGACACCCUGCGAGAGCCGCUGCCCCCCAAACAGCCCAUCCUGCCCCCCAAGUGGCUGAUGGUCUCCCCGGUGCAGGAGGCUGGAGGCGACGGGCCGGUGAAAGAUCACGGCAUGCACAAGAACCCCACCAGCACUGCCCCCUCGCCCACCGCCACCACCACUGCCUCCUCCUCUUCCUCCUUCUCCUCAUCCUCCACUUCCUCUGCUGGCUCGGGCGCCAAGCCCGCUAGGACUGUUUCCUCUGCUAGCGCUAAUCCUCCUGCUCCAAGCAGCACCCCCACCGCCCCUCCACCUACCAAGCAGCCCCCUGUCCCGCCACCCAAGCCUAUAAACCGGAAUAGCAACCCUGCGCUAAUAGCCUCAACGUUGCACAGGGGCGAAAACGUUUCCUUCCCCCUGUACUGGUCGUGCUGGAAACGGGAGGCCGAGUACGACGCGUACCUCUCCCUGCCUGUGUAUCUCUGCAGACGGGCUGGAGCCCCCCGUUCAGCUGAGCUUUCACAGGCAGCUGGUGGGGGCGCUCUAGUGCCAGCAAAGCCAUCCCCGCCUCUACCUCCGAAGAGGACCACUCCCGUCACCAAGCGAAACCCCGAGGAGCCCUCGACUCCCGCCGCCACGGCCGCCCCCCCGCCGGAGGACACCAACGCCCAGGCCUCCCAGCCGCCCCCGGCUCCCCCCUCCCCCCAGCUGCCCGCGCACAUUCCCCCCUCUCCGCCUCGCACCCAUCCCCCUGCGCUGCCGCCCAUCGCCCUGCCGAGCCAGCCCCCCCAGGCCGUCCCGCAGGUCCAGCACACCCCGCCGAGCCCCGCCCCGGAGCCCGCGCGCCAGCCUGCCGUGCCCCUGCACAUCAUGAUCCAGCGGGCGCUCAACAGCCCCGGCCCGGCCGUGCCUAAUCCCGACGGCUCCCAGCGGGCCCACUCCCUGCUCUUUGAGACCACCCCCGAGGGCCAGAACGACCCCGCCACCCGUGUGCGCUCCCUUCCCAUCACCAUCGAGCCCCUCAAACUCCCAGAGGAUGACGACUUCGAGGAAGAAGAGGAGCAGGAAGAGGAGCAGCCGACCCAUCCGGAGCUGGAGCCCCGGAGCCGCUGGGGGUACGUGGGCGACAACCUGUCUGUGAGCGUGAUCCCCGAGGUGGAGGGGUCCGAUAGCAGCGAAGAGGAGGAGAGCGACUCGGACGGGCCCGUCCUCUACAAAGACGAGGAUGAAGAGGAGGAGGACGAAGAUGACACCCAAACAAGCUCCUUGGCAAGCAAGGUCAAGCGCAAGGACACUCUGGCCCUCAAGCUGAGCAGCCGGCCAUCGGCCCCAGACCGGGAGGACAAGAACCCCGUGACCUGGCAGAGCCGGGAGCAGUGGGAGCUCAUCCGUACCCAGAUCGGGUCAACGCUCACACGACGGUUGAGCCAGAGGCCCACACCUGAAGAGCUGGAGCAGAGGAAUAUUCUUCAGCCAAAGAAUGAAGCUGAUCGGCAGGCAGAGAAACGAGAGAUCAAGCGUCGACUGACCAGAAAGCUGAGCCAGAGGCCCACGGUAGCGGAGCUGCAGGCACGGAAGAUCCUGCGCUUCCAUGAGUACGUGGAGGUCACAGACGCCCAUGACUACGACCGCAGAGCUGACAAACCCUGGACCAAGCUGACACCAGCGGAUAAAGCUGCAAUCCGAAAGGAACUCAAUGAGUUCAAGAGCUCUGAAAUGGAAGUUCAUGAGGAUAGUAGGAUAUACACAAGAUUUCAUCGGCCUUAACAUCCCUCCGACUGGAAAACAAAGCACUUAGAGAUGUGAUGGGACAUGGUGCUCACUAAUGGACUGCCUUUUCUGAAUGUACAGUACCAGCUUGUCUUCGGGAAUCCUGGAACAGUAAUCCUACCACUACUAAUCACAUCAAUAAUGUUGGAAGGAAGAAUGCAGUAUUUUGCCCAGGAGUUUGGGGAACCAUGUGCCAAGGCGGCUGAAAGACGUUUGUGGGGUUUCUGAAGCCGUGCUACUCUGUCCAGGGAUGCUGCGACUUUCCUGGGAGACACUGGUCUCUGCAGCCAGUCCCUUGUCUUGGGAUUAGCCGGGUUGCCUUUUCAUUUUGUACGAGAUGCUUUGUUCUCUUUUGUCCUUGAUCAGGAGAAGACAAAAAAAAA